GCUCAGAGUGAAUAGGUUCUAGCUAACGCGGUCUUCCGAACACAGGGACGAUUAUGUUAUUUGUUGUUUUCUCUAUAAAUAUUGGUCCACUCAAAUGAAAUGGGAUAAUAAAAAAACAACCAUUGGACGAUCGUUAACUUCGGGUACAAGCGGCCGCUUCCCAAUUCUGUUUGGAAGACGAGCUGUGAUGUUACUCCUUCAAAUGGAACAUGGGCCUGGAAUGAUGAAAAUCAGGGUCUUGAAUUCAUAAGUUUAGAGACGUCAACAGAAGGGAAAGAAAGAAAAAAGAAGUGCAAGCUUCACAGUUCGCAAGACACUGUGAGCAAGCGGCUGGAAAGCCCCAAGAGAGCACACCCCCACAGAAGGCAGGACGAUUCCAAACAAGGUUUACACAGUCAGCAAUGUCCGGCAAGGGCCAACCGAGGGCCCGUAGUCCCACAGACAGGAAUGCUGUUGGAGAAUGCCAGCUAAAUGCCUAUAAGUCAUCUCCAAAAAGGGACCAGAGGGACUGUGUCACAAUUGAAGAUAUUAAACAGGCAACACUGAUUUUGCAGCAGGAGAAGGAGCCUAUUCCUCUGGGUUUCCUGCCAAUAUUGAAACAACGGGAGCUAGAUGAGUUUCUUGCAUCACUUCUGCUUUAUCUAUCCUCCUUUUUUGUGAAGACAACCCUGGAAAAGAAAACCACACCUCAUAUGAUGGAGCAGAGUCUGGGAGAACAACAGGAGAUGGCUGAGGCAUGCAUGAAAGUGGACCUGUCCCUGAAGCAACUGGCCAUCCACUACUCUACCUUGCUCCUGGAGAUCACCCUGCCCCUGCUGUCUGCUGGAAAGGGAAAAACGUCAGCCAAGCACAAAGAGGUAUUUGAGUGUCUAUACAGAUUCCUGUGCUAUGCUGCCUGGAUUGCUUUUGAGAGGAAGAACCUGACUGCGAUUCAGGAGGAAGUCGGUAGACUGCUGUACUCUGACACCUUCAACCCUGCCUGCAAGCUGAGGGCUAAACAGGGUGUGUCCACCCAGGGCCAUGUCCAGAAAGCAGGGGAUGUUCAGUCCAAAGAUCCGGCCCAGCCCCCAGUGCCAAAAAGCACCAGGAAGUGCCCACGAAGGCUUGACCUGUCUAAGGUGUUAACACAACGCACCCCACUGAUGGAGGCCCUCCUACCUCCUACAGGGCAGGCAGCCCCCCACCUGUUCAGUGGUUUCAGCCCCCAAAAAGAACGUUCACUGAUUUUCUGUGACAGGGAGAUCCUCUUGGACCAACUUACGAAUCAGCUUGCAUCUCUCAGAUUUGGGAUCCUGGGUAAACCCCUGAGCCUGUUCAGUGGUGCCACCCUCAUACCCCAGGGGGAGGAGAACAAAGAUAAAGACAAGGAGGAGGAGCAGAGGGAAAAUGCACAGCGCUCCUCUGCAUCUGCUGACAAGCACAGCAAUCAGGGCCGGACCAACACCGCUAUAUCCAGAACAACCACCGAGGGGGGCUACUCGGACACAGACUGACCUUGUUCUUACCCCUAGCCACAAUAAGGUCUACAAGACUACAAGAAUCCAUGAAUUUGUUGAAUUUCUAUUAUUUUAAUUGUAUUUAUUAUUCUAAUGAUGUCCUGUAUACAAAUGUACAUUAAAAGUUCUUCACAGUUGUAUUUUGCCACAAAACUGUCAACCAGUUUUGUUGUUGUUGUCACAGCUCUCACUGCAUUGAAAACAUAGUAAUUACCAUUCCUUUCUUGGUGAACUGUGUGGAUUCAGAAAAAGCACAAUGUCAGUGCAUGCUGGUUAUUAGAGACAUUUUGCUGAAUUUCAAUACAAGGCCAGACUAGUUGGACUGUGAUGGAUAUUUUAAUGAUUUUGUUUCUGUAUAUUUGUACUUUCAGAGAGGCUUUGAAUUAUAUAAUUACAUAAUAUAAUUAAACAGUAAUAUGCUUGAACUCAUUGUGGAAGAACAAUGUACUGAAAUUAAUAUCUGUAUUAUUUUGUCAUGUAAUACGUUGUGCCAUCAGAUGGAUUUACAUUUUUGUCAACAUCAAAUUCCCACAAAUUACAAUAUUGUAAAGACUAGGGAGGAAAAAACAUUUAGGUUAUAUGAAAGAUAUGUAUGUGUGUACUAUCCCAGUGACAAGGAUUUAUUCUUGCAGCCUGUUACAACCCAGUCUAGGGUCAGGUUGUGACAGGGUAAAGGAUAGGGAGAUGGAGAGUAGAAUGGGGACGAUCUGCUCCGGUCAGCUACUCUUUGAAAGCUUACCUGGCUCGAAGUGGUAUGUAGCCAAUACCUAAUGGAGAUCAGCUCUCCUCCUAGGAUCGCCUUCAAAAAUAAUAAAGGAAAAAUAAUGCAGCAAAAUAACAAAUAGUGUCCUGUUGGAAGGAUGCAAUCAAUCUGGAAACAUUCUAAAUUACCGGAGCCAGAGGGGCAAAGCGUAGUCAGGGUGGGUGAGGAAACCAAAAAGGGCUGGGCAGCAAUCAACCUUGUAACGGAUGAAGUAAGGCUCAAAAUCCAAAUCAAAACAAAUCAAAAGGGCUAGAUGAGGGACAUAAGUCAAACACAAGUACGGUCAUACUCAAGCCAACACUAAUCCACCAGUCAGACACAAAGGUUUGCAGACCUAGUCUACCAAGAGCAGUACAAACAGUGGCCUCUUCAAACAAAAGCACCGAAAACGUAUUACCUAAUCACCGAUCUAUGGCAACCCGGAAGUGAAACAAAUAUAGUUGCGCAUCCCGUAAAGAUGCGUUAUGGUGCCCCCCAGUAGACAAAUGACUCACGUUUUUUCACAUCCUCAGGAAGGGGUACUAUGUACAAAGAGUCUGUACAAAGUUUGGUGUUCACACCAAAGCAUUGCUGAAAUAUGAGCUAACUUCCUGUUGAUAGUUCCUUUGAUUCCUUUGAUAGUGACAAACAAACACUUUCAAAAAUCUAAAAUCCAUCUGAUCACUUUUGUGAGGCUUGGUCUGACCAUCAUUUGUGCCAAAUUUGGUGAAGAUUGGACAAAAUCUGUGGCCUGUGAAUUUUUUUUACAACUUUUUCAGAAAAUCCAAUAUGGCAGAAAAACUGUUUGACCCAAGCAAUCCAACAGUAUUUUUGAGAAUUUGGCAUACAGCUUUUAUGCAACUAGGAUACUCAAUAGUAGGCAUAUGCAUUGAUUCGGACACAGCCAUUGUUGAAUGAUGUUCUCACAUCAUGAUAGUGUAAGUGAUUUGAUUUCUUGUUUGAGUUGUAAGAGUUAGUGAUUAUUCUGCAAUCUUGCAAGUGAACACAGCAAAAGUACAAAUUUGGUUAUUAGAAGUGUAUGUAUUUAAUUGUCACUGAAUCAACCAACGAUCAUUACUUUAAAGUAAGCACAAUUAUGCAGUGAAAGGUUAUUGCAUAUUCAUUACUUUUGUUAAUUUGGUAUUCAGUUCCUGUGCUGGCUUCCUACUACUGAAGGUAUGCAUUAAUUUUAAAAUGAUCAAUAAAACAACCGCUUUAUA